CACGUAUACUAUACGAUCCGAGCCCUAGAGUGAAGUAAGUACCUCGAGAUCAACAUCAUGCAGAAGAGAUACCGAAUCAAAUUGAAAUCUGAAGUGUUUGACUUUUAUGGAGGGUGGAGGAUCUAAUCUAAUCUUGACAAAUUCUCUACACGUGUAGCGCUGGCUGCUUCGAAGGACUCCUGUUGCCCACCGCGUUGAUCAGCCUUCAGCAACUCCCUCAUGUUCGACCACAUAUACUCUCAAAACAAUGUCACCUCGUUAUUCAGAGCUGGCAAACUGGGAUGGAAAUAUACAGUCUUCGCCGCGUAAAAAUACCCUUCAGGCUGCACAACAUGCUCAAGCCAAUCGUUCGCCUGCCACAACCAGCCUGCAACAAACAACGUCUCAUCCUCAAUCGUCCGACGCGUUUCCAAACCGCAUGACACGAGUCAGAUCCUCAGAUGACAGUGCAGCUGAUGAAGCUUGCGUGGACAACAUGCUGUUGCCUUCGAGUCCUGUGGAGGAAUCCUCACCAUCGCCGGAUAUGACACCAAAGGGUAAUGACCCGAUUGUGGGCGACAAGCUCAAGGUUGUAGAAUCUGCAAAGGGUACCGAUAGACAGCAUGAUAACAAAUGGAAUACUGCGUCACCCUUUGUCGACAGGUCUACUGCUGUAGUCUCACGCUAUACCACUACGCAAGAUGUUCAUACCCCGCAUGCUCGGUUUGUCAAUGCUCAUGAUCCCCGCACGAUGCUCGCACCACUUUUCAAUCAAACUACGUUACUGCCGUCUUCGAGUAAAGCUCUCGCCAAAUCGGCCGAUCAAACUCCUUGCUUCACUGUCGCUGCGGCAAGCAGUUCCUCGAGCAGUCACGUUCCACCUACGACCGACAACGACGCAUCUCGGAUAACUGAAUCUGCUGUGACGCUUUCCACAUCUUACGAUACAUCAUCUCUGGAUCCUCUACCUCUCUAUCCGGACGCGCAGUCUGACCUUAUGCUUGCUGCUAACACCCUUCUUGACAAAGAAUUUGGUUCCAUUCUCGAUGACGCCUUCGAUGCAGCUCAGUCAUCAUCCCCAGCUUCUUUGGCAUAUCCUGAAUCCAUCCCGGAGGACCGGUUGAUGGACAAAAAUGCAAUGUUGCGUUCGAAUGGCACCGAUGCAGUGCGCCAGACAACGACUAUUGUUUCCGUAUCGCGAGAUGACUUGACGUCUGUGAAUGCGAACGGGUUCAACAUCGAGGUAUCGCCUUCUUCCAAGGAAAUGUUAUCUGCCUCUUCAGUGACAUCUCCGGAGUUCUCACAAACCCUUCCCGAGUUACGGCAAUUACAUCAUGUGUCGAGUGGACAUAGGCCAGCACGGGAGAGUACUCCUUUCGUCCUAUUGACUUCAAGUACUCCUCAGUUCUCGGAGCGCGUACAUCUGUUUCCGCUUCACCCCGGUAUUGAAUCCCCUGCCCUACAGAAUGCUCUUGCGCCUGUUGCAGAACAGCUCUUAUUACCAUCCCCAGCUAAGCCGAGAUCAGUCGAUAAAACUUCGUUUACUGUUCCAUGGAGUGAAAAGAAACCUCUGCCGCGGCCUCCACUAGCGGAGCGAAUUCAGAGCAAUGAUUCAGAUCCUAGCUCUAUCGGGACUACCUCCACUGCACAGGCUACCCGUGGCUCAAGUGUCGUUCCGCUAGAAACACCUACUCUUGAAAUUUCAGAGGCGUUAAUCUCGCCUACAGGCGAGGUACCGGAAACCCCACAGCUUCUUCAGCAGACGGGUGCAGAAGUUUAUGAAUUAUCUCCCGAAAUACCUCUGGCGACUCUACCUUUGGCUUCAUGUUAUACUGAAGAUCAUAACGACACUUUCGAUGUAUCUCGCAAGCCCAGACAAGUCGAUGAUAUCGCUCUUUAUAGAGCGUUUGUUGUGAUCCCGAGUCCGCCUGCAGACUUCGUACGAGAGGAGUACACAUCCAACACAUCAAAGCUGGAUGAAAUAGCCAGAGAUGAGGCACUCUUGGCUUCGCCGAAGAAGCAGCGUCUCAUCUCAUCAACGCCGGCGCCAAAGCGCAAGCGGCCCGCCUUUUCACCCUCUCCACAAUCUCGAAAAAGGGUCCGACCACAGCCCCUUGAGGAGGAGGGAGUGCACGAGCUUCCACGAUUCGCGGAAGGAUUCGUUACUGAAUGUUAUGAAGGUUUCUACGGUCAUGACCCACUGGACGAUAUCCUUGCAGCGGAAGUAGUUGGACUUGCGGAUGAACCGUUGUAUCCCGAACCAGACGAGUUGGAGAUUCGUGCUCUGCGCGUUUCGUUGAGGCAUGUUGCUGCUAAGGUCGCCGGUGGACAACUCACUGCUUCAAAAACGCCUUCACAAGCAUCAACUGUUCGACCUACUCCAGUGCCGUCAGUUCCUGUGCUCGAGUCUGUCUCGCACACCUCCAAACGCAAUGAUACCCCUCAGCCGCGGCGCCGUACUGCUCGAAAGAGGAAAGCUGCAGAGCCUCCUGCGCUGGAGAUCAAAUGGACUAGUCCCGCCCGUCCUGAAACCUUCGUAGCGUCAUCAUUCAAGGACCGUCAUAAAGCAUCUCAAGUCCGUUCUACAGCACCUUCCGCAUCACCUCCAACGGUUCAACACCGAAACCAGGUCGUCCAGCCCCCAUUAUCCCCAUCCAAGGCAUUCGUUGUGAACGAUGCUUUCAUAGCAGCCACUCGACACUAUUCGACUUCGCCUGCACCUUCUGCGACGCCUGGUAUCACCUCGGACUCCUUAAAUCCAAGUAAUAGUCUGCAAAGUUCGUCUCCACCACCUCCUGUUCGGCAGACUGGUAUCUUUGACGCACCUGCUCUGGAUCAUAGGCCCGACGAGUUCCAGAAUGGAGCUUUGGACUUGGGUAUGGACGACAUCUUGAGGGACAACGGGGUGCAUCCUCUAGAGGAUCGAGUGAAAGGACCAGAACACGCUGUAGACAACGUAUAUCAACAGACUCAGCCGACGUUGGGCAGUUAUCAAGCCUAUCUCGACAUGGUGCCAUGGGCUGAACGCCCAAUCAAAUCAGGUUAUCCGUUUAGACAAGAACCCAUCGCAGGUCCUUCUUCACAUCAAAGGUCUUUGACUUAUGAUAGUCAGAGUGAAGAACCUCAUGUCAACGACUUCUCAUCGACGACGUUUGGUGAUGGUACCAUCGACCCAUCCAUCUUAGGUGGUGGCCCGUUGAUGUCCAUCGAACGAACCCCAUCACCAGUCGCUGCUGAUCAUUUGUUAGGGAAACUUCCAUCACCAGAUGGAUCUAUACCAGGCUCACCAGGUUCCAAUCCUUCCGGGACUAGUGGACCACAGCGAGACUCUAUCCCUCCACAACCCUUGCCUGAACAGGAAACUGAAUAUUCGUUCCCCCAUUCACCCAAAGUCACCGGAAAAGGCAAGGGUAAGGGUAAAGCCAAGCCAUCCGAAGAGGUUCUUGCUGCUGCUGCUAGUCGCAGACGUAGAACGUCUAGUUUCGGAUCUCCGUCUGACGAGAAGCGCGAUCGCAGACCAAGUGCUCGUGUUCUCGAGGCACUAGCAUCCGUAGAUUAUGAGCUAACUGACGAUGAUGCCGACGGGGAGACGAUCAAUACCGAAGAACUCGGUUCUAUUGUUGGUCAUUCGGUGACGCGACGCGACGCAACUGUCAACCAAUCCAAAGCCAAACCUCGCAAGCGUGCUUCACAACUUGAACAGACAAUCGCGCCUAAUGGUGCUAUUCCAUCUGAGUAUUGUCACCAGUGUCGCAGAAAAACGCAGUACAAUAAAAUGCGCUGCUCUGCUAUCAGGGAGGAUGGAGAUAUCUGUGGACUACGUUUUUGUGAGAGAUGUAUAGAAAGACGAUACCCUCAGAUGGUCUUCGAUUCUUCCGACCUCGAGUUCACCUGCCCUAAAUGUGCGGAUUACUGCAACUGUACGGCUUGUUGCGCUAGACGGGGAGAAACCUACAUAUCCGCUCGUGACACCUUACCGAGCACCUCUAACCGAGUUAAUGUACCUCGGAAACGGACAAAAUUCCCUCGCUCCUCUUCCACUCGGCCUGCUCGCUCUGCCAAAACAUCGGAAAUUCUCGUCUCGAGGACGCCAUUGGCCAAAUUGAUUCCCACGGUACCUACGCUGGCUGUACCACCUGGCAUGUUCUGGGGUACAGUCUACAGUGUUGAUGGACAGCGAGUAGGAACCGGUAUUCUUUCUCAAGACCAACAGGUUCUCGUUGCAGGUGAACCAAGGAAGGUUUUCUACAUUGGUAAACCCCCUCCGACAUUACGGAGAAGGGGCACAGAUAUUUCAAUUUCGUCGAAUCCCUCUACCGAGUCUGUUAACCAAGGGGCGAUUCAGAAUCGACUAUAUAUUGGUCACAAGGGGUCAAUAUACGAUUCGUCUUACAAGUCCUUGGAGGAUCAUCUUUGUUCGACUCCUUCACCUUCAUCUUCGAGACACUCCAGCCCGUUGACUCCGUUGCACGAUGAGAGUAGCGAUCCUGUGGCUCUGCCUCCAGAAACCGAUCUAGGAUUCAUUAUUGCACGAGCCAUACAUUCGGUGAAAUCGUAGCGUGUGUACAGUUGAUCUGAUUAUUGUAUUCCUUGAAUAAUUGAUAUGUAGCAUAAACCUUCCUGCAUCUAGUUCAUCACUUCUUGACUUCAUGUUUUACGACACUUUGCUUUCUUGCUACACACUUAUUAUUUAGUGUUCUUACAGAAUCCCAAGUCACCGUUCAGUAGCAGCAUACUUUGGGCCAUAAUGUUGGUACUACAAUCCCUAGAAAAUUACAGUUUAGUUUUAUACGAGUCAGAAUAACGGUAUCUCGGCCCGAAAUCCGGGCCGUCCUUUUGUUGAUCUCUG